AUGUUGAAUUGGCACGAUCAAAGCUGCCGGCGACCUGAAGUGUCCCGGCCGGAAGGCUUCGAGACUUUGUGUUGCUCGAGCUGUGGGAUGACUGCCCCGCUGUUGGUCGAUUUGCAACAUCUUUAUGCCGAUACAUCUCCAUCUUCCAUGCCGGACGCAGCUACUACGAUCAAGCUUAGAUGGCCAGGUUCUAUAACUUUUGUGGGAGAAGUACCCGGCACAAGCCACGAGCAUGAUUCGCCAGUCGAGUCGCAACCACAACCCCUGUCGGCAGAGAGCAAGGGCGCAGCUAGCACUACAGAUCGCGGAUUGCGAAUCAUAUCUGUACAUAACGAUACGGCAGAUGCAUGCGGCCAAGAAAAAGUAUUCUACGAGCCUCUUAUCGCCCACAAGAUCCGUCUUCUUCGCCUAUCCGCUGCGGAACGCCACCAUGACCCUAUUCACAUCGAUAUCCGCCUUACAGACUUGACCUCUGAUCCAAAAUUUGAGGCUUUGUCGUACACAUGGGCUGAUAACGAUGGAGAUGAUUCGAAAUGUGACAGGGUCUAUGUUGGGAAGCAUUGGGACAUCCUCCCGGUCACCAGAAAUUGUGCAAGCGCCCUUCGGCGUCUGCGAUUUCCCUACCGAGAACGUGACUUAUGGGUCGACGCUAUCUGUAUCGAUCAGAGAAACAAGCAGGAGAGGUCUCAUCAAGUUGGAAUUAUGCAGUAUAUAUACGCAGCUGCUAUUAGGGUCCUCAUUUACCUUGGCGAGGACUCGAAAGAUCCUGAUAGCCUGAACCCAGUCCCAUGGACCGACGGCAAAUACAUACACCGGCCUUUAGCUUCGCCUUCUACUCUCGCUGAGAACCCAUACUUUAGAAGGGUAUGGGUGAUACAAGAAAUAGCUGCCGCCAGAGAUGCUUGGGUGCUCUCUGGAUCGAGGGGAGCUCGCUGGCAUGACUUCCUUGGGGUGACGAAUUCCGAAACAGAUUCGAAUCGCAAUAGAGACCUGUCUCUUUCCAUUGAUCGGCCCAUGACGAGAGAAAAACUGCCUAAAUGGCUGUACAUUUGCAACAAGCCAAGAUACAUGGAACUGGACAGGCUUUUAUAUGUUCUAUACGCUGCGGCUCAAUGCAAAGCAUCUGAUCUGCGAGACAAGGUGUUUGCUAUACUGGGCCUCUUUCAUGGUGCCAACAACGCGAAACUGGUCGCGGACUACACCCUAUGUCACCAGGAAGUGGCUAUCGGUGUCACAGCAUAUAUCUUUGUCAACCAUACCGAACAGAUGUGGCGCAUCUUCGCGGCGAUAGACUCCAAAGACUCUCAUGUCAUGCCUUCGUGGGUCAUGGACUGGUCAUCAGAGACCAAAGUGAAACGCCUGGGUCCAUAUAUGGCCGAGACGAAACCCAUAGUUGAAGCCGAGGGCAAACAAUCGCAGCCACUUUACAUCCCGCGCAUCUACCGCAAUGGAUCUUUGGUACUGAAAGGACGCCUAGUUACACAGGCUGGAAGCUGCGCCUUUAACCAUGGAGCACGGGACGGCCCACCUGGAGUUGUGACAGAUAUCGUAUACCAGCAAUCCAUAAUCUGGCAUCUGCAAAGUGAUUCUCGACCCAUGGUCCCAUCUGGAUGGUGCCAAUCAACGGACGAGAUCUUCGCUGUCCAGAGCCUGUCUGGGUACUGCCUCAUACUUCGACCGAUCAUGACGAACCCGAAAACGUACCGGUUUGUUGCCAUCUGCAAGCCCCCCAAAGUGGAACCGAUGGCUGCAACCGUCAACCUCUUGGACCAAAGAGUGAUUCUGCUCUUUUCAACAUGGCGAUAUGUUUUAAGAGAAGAGUUGAGCAGUGGAGAAAUAUGGUAUUCUUCUGAGCGGUGGGAUAUGAUCAGAGAUGUAUGUCAAACGGUGAAGGAAUGCUGGGUGUUGGAAGAUACCAUCAGUCGCUUCUUAGACUCCUUGGUUAAGAUUCAGACUUCUGUGUCAGCGAAGCUACCAACAUAUGCGGUUGAGAAAACCCAAGAGGCAUUGCGAAGACUUGGAAAUACGGUCCCCAAAUCGAUACUCCUCCAGCAAAAGGGAGUCCUCGCUGACUCUAUGCAACUCUCGACGACCCAGAAAAACUCAAAUACUUGUCCGCUUUUCAUAAAAGAACUACUGUCUCUUGCUGGGAUGGUCUGUGAUAUUUGUCAUCAGCAUAUGACAAACACAAGCGUUGUUGACACUUACAGUCUGCUUGGGCAAAGUCUUGCAAAAAAGAAUAACUUCCAAAAGCGACGCCAGCCCCUGAUGAAUCAGAAGAUUCACAACGGAAAUCUUCAUUUGCGAACCAGAGACUUGAUUUAUUGGCAGAUAGCGUCCCAGCUGGAUGAAAUGUGUCUCAACAGGAAAACUCUCGAACGACUGGAAUACAUUGCCAGGUCGGCUGAACGAGAUCUCCCAAGAUACCUGAACUUAAGCAACUACACAUCAGAGACCUACAACUACGCCUCCGAUAUCAAGACGCAUCACCUCUAUGACAUUUUUCACUUCAUUAUCAAAAGCAUACCUACGACUCAGAAGAGCCUUCGGCGAGCUCGAUGGGAAUGA